UAACCGAAUAACUCUGCGUUUGGGGACGAAUAUACGGUAAAAGCCUGCAUAGCCCCGUCCACGCAGGCACUAAGUUAACUUAAAACAUGCACUCCUUAUUGUAUCUCUCUUCCUAUUGGUCAGAUUCCGUGCCCACUCCUGUCUGUUGGCGCGGUUGUUGAAUAGCCGGGAGUUGAAAAUAAUAACAACACAAAGUAAGAACUUCUCUUUAGGAUAUCUGCGGGGAAGUUCACAAGAAUGGAGAAAGGCAGGGACCGGUUUCCAUUUCCCUACCAGCCGUAUGACAUUCAGGAGCAGUUCAUGCAGUCAUUGUACAGUGCGCUUGACCAGGGGAAAGUUGGCAUCUUUGAGAGUCCAACUGGAACGGGCAAGUCACUGAGUCUGAUAUGUGGAGCUCUGAGCUGGCUCUCAGACUACGAGGAGAGGAGGAGACAGGAGGCAGCUGCUCUGCUGCAGGAAGGAGAAGCAGCUCUUUCUGUGUCCACUGCUCAGUCCUCUACUCCCAGCUCCUCAGCGGAGCCUGACUGGAUCACUGAUUUUGUUCAAAAAAAGGCUGAACGUGACUUGGUGACAAAGUUGAAGGAGGACGAAUUGAAAAGAAAGAAGCGGGAAGAACGGUUAGAAAUGAUCAGAAACAACGUUCAACUAAAGUAUGCGAUGAAAAGAAAGAGCUGUGAGGAUGAUGAGGCAUUCAAGUUGCUCCAGCUCAGUAAAGAAGACCAAUCAGAGACACAAGGAGAUCAAGAAGAUGAGGAGCUUAUCAUUGCAGAAUAUGAGAGUGAUGAUGAGUCGAAGAGUAAAAGCAGAUUCUGUGGGCCUGAAGAUGAUGAAGAUGAAGAACUUAUCGAAGAACACGUCACUAAGAUUUACUACUGCAGUCGCACUCACUCCCAACUGGCUCAAUUUGUCCAUGAGGUUCAAAAGAGCCCCUUCAGCAAGGACAUCAGUCUGGUCACACUAGGCUCACGCCAGAAUCUGUGUAUCAACGAGGAGGUGCGUCGCCUGGGCAGCAUCCAACGCAUUAAUGACCGCUGCAUGGAGAUGCAGAAAAACAAACACGAGAAGCAGCAUCAUGAAGAAGGUGUGAAACGUAAGCGGGGCCCGGCAAAGAGCGUGUGUCCCUAUAACAAAGCGUUGGCGCUGCAGCAGAUGAGGGAUGAAGUUCUGGGGACGGUCCACGACAUAGAGCAGCUGCUGAAGCUGGGCAGGGAAACACAUUCAUGUCCUUAUUACGCCACACGCCUUGCCAUUCCCCCAGCACAGUUGGUGGUGUUGCCCUAUCAGAUGGUGCUUCAUGAAGCUACAAGAAAGGCUACAGGGGUCCAGCUGAAAGGACAGGUUUUGAUCAUAGAUGAAGCUCACAAUCUUAGUGACACUCUCUCCUGUAUACACAGUGCAGAGCUGACUGGAACACAGCUUUGCCGUGCUCACUCCCAGCUCAGCCAGUAUGCUGACCGCUAUAAGAGCAGGCUGAAGGCAAAGAACCUGAUGUACAUCAAACAGAUUCUGUUUGUGAUUGAAGGGCUGGUCCGUGUGCUGGGAGGUAAGGUGGGGCAGAAUCCACAGAGCCAGACUACACAAACAGGAACAGAGAUGCUCACCAUUAACAAUUUCCUCUUCAAGGCUCAGAUCGACAAUAUCAACUUGUUUAAGUUACAGAAAUACUUUGAGAAGAGCAUGAUCAGCAGAAAGCUGGGUGGUUUUGUGGAGAAAUAUGCAGGUUCAGGUGUGAGUCUGCACGUUCAGAGCAGCUCCAACAAAGAGAACCGACGCACAGAGGGCUUAAACCGCUACCUUCAAACACUGCAGACCAACCAGAGCACUGCACAAGUUGCUUCAGCAGACCAGCAGGGGUCUGUAGAGGCAGAGAAAGUGCUGUCUGCAUCUCCCAUGAUGCAGGUGGAGGGUUUCUUCAUGGCUCUCACCAACAGUAACACUGAUGGCAGAGUGGUGGUGCACAGACAAGGUACUUUGUCGGAAGGCAGCGUCAAGUUCCUGCUGUUGAAUCCAGCGGUUCACUUUGCCCAGGUGCUGAAGGAGUGCAGAGCAGUCAUCAUUGCAGGGGGGACCAUGCAGCCUGUUUCUGACUUCAAACAAGAGCUACUGUUUUCUGCCGGAGUGGGAGACGAACGCAUCGCUGAGUUUUCCUGUGGUCAUGUGAUUCCUCCCGAAAACAUUCUUCCCCUUGUCUUGUGCAGCGGUCCAUCUGGUCAGGAGCUGGAUUUUACUUUCCAAAACAGAGACUCUCCACGCAUGAUGGACGAGACGGGACGCAUUCUCUCCAACAUUUGUAAUGUGGUGCCAGGAGGGGUCGUGUGUUUCUUUCCGUCUUACGAGUACUCGAGGCAGAUCAUCUCUCACUGGGAGGCCAAUGGUGCUCUGGCUCGUCUUGCUAACAAGAAGAAGAUCUUCCAGGAGCCGAAAAAGGCCAACCAGGUGGAGCAGGUGCUGAGCGAGUUUUCCCGCUGUAUCCAGAGGUGUGCUCUGGACAGCAGUGGACUCACAGGAGCGUUACUGUUCUCUGUGGUUGGAGGAAAGAUGAGCGAGGGCAUCAAUUUCUCUGAUGACCUGGGCAGGUGUGUGGUGAUGGUGGGGAUGCCGUAUCCCAACAUCAAAUCCCCAGAGCUGCAGGAAAAGAUGUCUUAUAUGGACAAACACCUGCCUCACAGCGGAGGCAGGAGUCCUGGCCAGGCACUGAUAGAAAACCUCUGCAUGAAGGCUGUCAAUCAGUCCAUAGGAAGAGCUAUCCGUCACCGUGGUGACUAUUCCUCCAUCGUGCUAUGUGACAGACGUUACUCCAGACCCGCCACGCUCUCUAAACUUCCCACAUGGAUCAAAGAUCGCACAAGCACAUACACAAAUUUUGGCCCUGCUUUUGCUGCCUUGAGGAAGUUCUUCCAGGAAAAGAAGCAGAAGCAGGUGUAGUUUUGCUCCUAAACUGACAUCUCCUCAAUGAUUUCCUCAACUGUGUACGUUCAAGACUGUGACAAGAGCUGCAUGAGGAGGAACUUGAGGGAAUUCCAAUGCAACAGCAGAUUUUAGCAACUCAAGAAACUGAAAGUGUUCUAAUUAAAAAAACCUGACAGAUGAUUAAAAGGCCUCUGUAAUAAGUUCCUUAUCACAAGACUGCUGCAGCUCUUUUAUGUUUACAUUAUUGCACCCGUUAGACCUAUGAGUGCCACCAGCUGGAGUUCAAUAGUCAACCAAUUAACCAAUUUCAGUAUCUCAUAGUUGCUUAAUUUUACAUUUCACCUUUAAGAUGUUGUCUAUGUUUUGUUCUGUUUCGUACUGGUUACAUACAUACAUGAUGAAUUUGAGAAUAAUGAGUCCAAGUCAUUUGAAUGCAAACUGCAGACAAAGGCUAAAGGGACAUUUAUCAGUUUGACUCUGGUUUAUCAGUCUGGUACAUGUUGGAAAAGAGGGUGCCUCCUCGAGAAUUUCUAAUAUCAGCAUGUUGAAAUUAAUUAGAGAAGCAGCUACUACAAAGAUAUCAGGCAGAGCACUGGCAUAGGCAUCCAUGUGACUGAUUUACCCUUGAAGAAGUUUUAAAUAUUUAAAGCAGUCAGUGUUCAGUGUUAUGUAAUGCAAAAAUGAGUUUUAUUUAAUAGGAAAAUCUUAGUAGAAUGUUUCUGUGAUCUCAGUGAGUAUCUGCUUGUUUAAUUUCAUGAAAAUAUGUUUUACAAUGAAUAUGAUAUCAAUAAAUUGUUUUAUCAUUUGA